CAGCCAUGUUGGAUUAUGGUGCAUUGUGGGAUAUCCUGGGCAUGCGCAGUUGAGUUUGAGUUUGGCGCACGUUUUGACCGGUUGCUGACAGCGAGUGCGCAGGCGUGUGGCAGACAGACUGUGAUCACCAUGGCAACAGACAUGGAUACGGAGGGUUUCGGCGACCUCCUUCAGCGUGCGGAGCAGCUGACUGCAGACAUGGACAGUGGCGUGGAGCUGCCUCGCGUGGAGCGGAACCUGCAGCAGAUCCUGGACGCAGGCGAGAGGCUGUGGUCACGGACAGCUCAGGCCGCCGCUCAGGACCAGACUGACGCUCGGGCGUCCAUCCUUCUAGGUGCCAAGGGCUUCGAUGUCCCUCGAAUCUCACAAAGACUGGAGACCCUGAGUGCAGCCAAAACAUUCGAGCCCCUGGAACCAGUCAGGGAUACAGACAUACAGGGGUUCUUACGGAAUGAGCGGGAAAACGCCCUGCUGGCAGCUAUCGAAGAGUCCAGAAGAAAUACAUUUGAGUCCGUAGAGCGUCACCACUGGGAGUUCAUGCAGCAGGAGUGGGAGGUGGAGAAACAAAAGAUCCUGAACGCUCUCAUCAGUGCAGGGGAGGAGGCAUUCGACUUCACACAGGACACAGGAGAGGUUCCUGGUCAGCUGGGUGAUACCACUGUGGGCACGGGGAGGAGCAACAUGGAUAACAUGGAGAUGUCCUAUGCUAGACAGGUGUUUGUGUACAAUGAUGCAGUAGUCCAGGGAGCUGUCAAACCAAGUCUAGCUGACCUGUUUACACAAGUGGCAGACAAGGUGGACGACAAGAACAUCCUGGACCUGUGGCAGAUGGUACAAGUUGUGACUGAUGUUCCCCUGGUCCAGGCUCAGUCUCCCAUGGAGGCCAGGAGGUCCUCACAGCUGCAGAGGGCCUUCAUAGGGAAGGCCAGGCACUUCCUCGAACAGAGGUAUGUGCAGUUCAUCACCACCACCAUCUAUGACAACCUACAGCAGGCUCAGCUGGGAGGCAUCCCGGGGACCUACAACAGGGUCAGGUCCUUCCUCAACAUCAGGCUACCUGCUGUCAUGGCAGGACUGGAGGAUGGCGAGGUGGAUGGUCAUCCCGUGUGGGCUAUGGUGUACUACUGUCUGCGUUGUGGGGACCUGGAGGCAGCUGCAGAAGUCGUAGACAACUGCCAAAGUCUGCAGGGAGACUUUGCCAUGUUUUUGAGAGAGUAUGUUCGAAGUGAGGACAGAAGGUUGUCUCCCAGUACAGAGACCAAAGUUCGACUGCACUACAGACGAGCCAUCAGAAACAGCACAGAUCCCUUCAAAAGGGCCGUGUACUGUAUCCUGGCCUGCUGUGACACGACAGACACACACUCCGACAUCGCUGACAAGACUGAGGACUACCUGUGGCUAAAGCUGUGCCAGGUGUCCCUGGAGGAUGACAUUUCAGCAGGUUCCCAGGACAAGUUCACUCUGCCACAGCUGCAGAGCCUCCUACUGGAGGAGUACGGUGAGACCCACUUCAACGCGCCCCAGCAGCCGUUCCUGUACUUCCAGGUGCUGUUCCUGACGGGGCAGUUCGAGGCCGCCGUGGAUUUCCUGUUCCGUGUGGACCAGCUGCGAGCGCACGCGGUCCACGUGGCCAUCGUGCUGUACGAGAUGAAGCUCCUGCUCACGCCCAACACAGUCCAGGCACAACUGUUGACAAAGGAGGACGGUGACCCAGUUCCCAUGCGGCGGCUGAACUUCGGCCGACUGGUGAUGAGUUACACCAGGAAGUUUGAGUCCACGGACGCCAGGGAAGCUCUGCAGUACUUCUACAUCCUCAGAGACCUGAAGACACCAGGAGGAGAGAACCUGUUUAUGGCCUGUGUCAGUGCUCUGGUGCUGGAAACAAGAGAGUUUGACAUGCUGCUGGGAAAGUUAGAAAGAGAUGGAACCAGGAAGGCAGGAGCCAUUGACAAGUUCCACGGCGACACCCACAAGAUUAUAGAGAUGGUAGCACAGGACACGGAGGGCAAGGGUCAGUCUGAGGACGCUGUCAGGCUGUAUGAACUAGCUAAGGACCAUGAGAAGGUGCUCAUUCUGCUGAACAAGUUGCUGUGCCAGGUAGUGUCACAACCCCCCGCCCCCCAGUCUGACAGAGACAGGCUGAAGGCUUUGGCUGUCGGCAUUGCAGAGAGAUACCAGUCUCAGGGCCACGGCGGUGCUCAGUUGGAGUCCAGCACCUUCUUCCUGCUACUGGACCUGGUCACUUUCUUCGACCACUACCACACCGGCCAGCUGGACCAGGCACUGGACAUAAUCCAGCGGCUCCAGUUGGUACCCCUCACACAGGAGGCAGUGGAACAGCGCGUUGCAGCCUUCUCGUCUUACGCAGAUGAGGUGAGAAGGAACCUCCCUGAUGUGUUGUUGGCAGCCAUGAACAUCCUGUACUCCAAGUACAAGGCUGUCAGGAGUGCAGGUCAGGCCAGUCCCACAUCCAGGGGCAGACUGAGAGAGGACAGCAAGACAGAGUCUUACCUGACGUACCUGAGGAAGCAGGCCCGAGCUCUCAUCACCUUUGCAGGCAUGAUUCCCUACAGGAUGCCAGGAGACACAAACGCUCGCCUGGUGCAGCUAGAAGUGCUCAUGAACUGAUGAUGGUUUCCUCCAGCCUCUACCAGGCUUCAGCAAGUGGCUGGAAAGAGUGGUAAUUGUGGAAAUUGGCUACGUAGAUGCCAAGAUACACGUACACAUGUAGUUGGCCGCUAGAGAGAACAUGUGUACAUGUAUCUUGGCAUCUAUUUAGCCAAUUUCCACAAUUUCCGCUGUAUUCUCUAGCGGAUCAGCUCCCCUGGCAUGUUGUCUGUCUAGUUGGCCAGUUUCUACUCUUUCCAGACAUUACCAGGCUUUGGGAAGUGGCUGGAAAGAGUAGAAAUUGGCUACAUAGACAGAUAACAUAUGCCAAGAUGCUUGUAGUUGCUCUGCAAGAGAGAAUAGUUCGGGUGUGGCAGACUGUACUCUCUAGCAGACCAACUCCCCUGGCAUGUUAUCUGUCUAGCAGGCCAGUUUCUACUCUUUCCAGCCACUUCCUGAAGCCUUGUACAGGCUAAGCUCUCGCCACCAUCCUGUCCCUGGAUGGAAUUUUGCCGCUCGGGACAGACAGAAAUUUCAACCAUUCCAUCCCCCUCGACAGACGGAAAGCAAAACCCAUUUUAUUUGGUCAUCCACAGUGCUAGAAAACGUUUGAAAAAGCAAACGAAAGUUACUUUUAAUUAGCUCUUCAUACAAUUAUCAACAAACGUUUUCAAGGAUAUGAAAAUAAAAUGUCAUGUAUUUUCAUUUUGAGAAUUAGAUGUACAGUCAUUGAUUGGUCAUUGGGGAUAAAGCUUAGCAACUUUCUGUACCAAUAAAACAACACAGCUAGUGUUAGAAAUAAACAUGCAAA